AUGUUCCAUCAAGUCAGACUUCUUCCUGAAGAGCGACGAAUGUUCCGAUUUCUUUGGAAAGAUGACCAGCUUGACAAGUGGGUUGUCUUUGAGUGGAUGGUGCUGCCUUUCGGGGCUGCAUGCAGUCCCUGCUGUGCAGCAUUCGCCCUUCAGAAAGCUGCUACGGACCGGGUCGAGCAGUAUCCACAGGUUCAGUAUACAGUAGAGAAAGAGACGUAUGUGGACAACCAGCUGGCCAGCCGAGAUAGCGAACAAGAAGCAGCCGAACUUGUUCUUGGCACACGCAAAUGCCUACAAGAAGUAGGAUUUCAGAUGGUGAAAUAUGCAAGCAGUCACCCCAAAACACUUGAAGGUCUUCCUGUGGAGGCAUGCUCAACUCGUCAGGUGCAGUCAUUGUCCCUGGGUCUACAAGAAGGCGAUCCGGAACCGGCUCUGGGAUUAUGUUGGGACUGGAAGAGUGAUGAGUUGCAUCACCCAGCGAAGGUUCCAGACAACCAGGUGCUGACUAAGCGCAUCGCUCUCAGGGUCCUUGCCAGUCAGUUCGAACCACUGGGGGAUAUUGCACCGUUCACUGCAAGAGCCAAGUUGUUGGUUCGUGACCUGUGGUUAGAAAAGUUGGAUUGGGAUGAGAGGGUGACAGACACCGGCUUGACCCAGAGGUGGGAGGAGUGGUGCACCGAGUUGGAACACAUCCCACAGAUGCGCCUGCCGCGGUGUUACACACCACCAUCGGUUGACACAGCAACAGCAAAGAGGUCUCUGCAUAUAUUUUGUGAUGCGUCAGAGAAGCUGUACGGAGCAGUUGCCUACCUGCGUACAGUUGACAGCCAAGGGGAGGUCCAUUUGAGCUUUGUAUUGGCCAAAUGCCGGGUUGCACCAAAGCGCCUACUAUCCAUGCCACGUCAAGAGCUGAUGGCAGCUCUCCUUGGUGCCCAAAUUUGUCAAGUUGUCCUUGAAGCCCUGACAGUUGAGAUCCAGUACACUCUGAUGUGGAGCGACUCCACCACAGUACUCAGCUGGAUUCAGUCAGAGUCAUGCCGUUUCAAGGUAUUUGUUGGAACCCGCAUAGCUGAGAUACAAACAUUGACUGAUGACAUUGAGUGGCGCUACGUCCGGAGUGAGGACAAUCCUGCUGAUGAUAUAACCCGUGGCUUACCGGUUUGCAAGCUGGGAGAAGGCUCAAGGUGGACUGAGGGCCCAAAGUGGCUUCUGGAUCCACAAGAGGAAUGGCAGAAAGACAGUGCAAGUGUCUUGGCCCAAACUCGUGUCAGCUCAUCAGUAGAACAGAAUGAAAUAAGGAGUGUCUUCUGCGGACUCACAGUUCCUACUUCAGAGGUAGACGUUGAUUUCAAAGCCUUUCCCAGUUGGGGAGAGUUGGUAAGUGCGGUUGGACAGCAGCGUUACACAGAUGACCAGUUGCUCGAGGGUACCUUAACUCCAGAUCAACGCCGUGAGAUCGAGAUCUUACUGCUACGACAGGCACAGAAGGACACCUUCAAGGAGGAAGUCACUGCACUUUCAUCCAAUAGGGAACUUUCUCGUAAUAGUCGUCUGCUGGAAUUGGCGCCUGAACUUGACCCAGCUGACAAAUUGAUCAGAGUUGGAGGUCGGCUCAGACGGGUAGCCAAAAACGACUCAAUUUCUAUUGAGCCUCAUCCAGUCGUACUUGACCAACAUCAUCCUGUGACAAAACUCCUGAUAAAGGACGCUGAUGCCUAUCUCAGUCAUCAAGCUGGAACCGAACAGGUGUUUGCCCAUUUGCGACGCCGAGGUCAAGGGAAUCUUGCAUGCUUAUCCCGGAUGCCGUCGCUGGCGAGGAACACCCAAGGUCCCACGUAUGGGUGA